UCAAAUUUCCUCAUUCCAUACUUGUCCCUGUUCAGUCCCUCAGUUUUGUUCUUCGAUAUAACAAAACCACAAACAAACCUACUGCUCUUUAUCAGCUGGGAAGCUUAUCUGUGGGACACAUGCCUUGAGUAUGAAGAUAGUCAUCAAGGUCAUGAGACAACCCAUCCUCACUGACCAUCUGGAGCACACGGCGAGAGGAAGCCCACCAAGGCUCAUCGUAACAGCAUUCUUCACGGGUCGCUCGCUCAGCUCGUGAAAAAAUGGACACAGAAAGUAGUAGCAGGGCAGAUCUUGCUUUCCCAAUGUCACAAAGCCCCUCCAGCGUGCCCCAGAUCGAACUUUCGGAAGUAUCUCUCCAUGAUAACGCCUUACGGGAGGAGGCUGCCUCAGCCCCACCAAGCCGUACCUGGCUGAGGUUUUUGAGGAGGGAGCUGGAAUUCCUGGGGGUAACACAAAUUCUGAUUGGUUUGAUAUGUCUUUGUUUUGGAAUAAUCGUCUGCUCUGCGAUCAAUGCUUCCGAAUUUAAGGAAGAUUUUUUUUCAUCAUUUAAAGCAGGCUACCCAUUCUGGGGAGCAAUGUUUUUUGCUAUUUCCGGAUUCUUUCCAAUUCUGUCUGAAAAGAAAUAUGCCAUAUAUCUGGUGUGGGGAAGCCUGGGAGCAAACACCGUCAGCAGCAUUGUUGCAGGAAUAGGAAUCUUCAUCCUGACCGUCAACUUGAAGACUUGCUGGCCUCAUAUCUCCAACUGCCCGGAAGCUCAUGAAAAUGACUUCUGCUUUGUGGCUUGGUUUUCCACCGAGAUCGUGGCAAUGAUCCUGUUUCUCACCGUCCUGGGGUUUUGUAGUGCUGUGUCACUCAUGAUCUAUGGCCUUGGAGAAGUAUUCCAGGAAAAGAAGAUUCCAGAAGAUCGUCUUUAUGAAGAAUUAAACGUAUAUUCGCCAAUUUACAGUGAGUUGGAAGACAAAGGGGAGACAUCUUCUCCUGCUGAUUCAUGAGAAUUAUGUGUUCAGAACAUUCUGACUCACAGCAAAAGGUCUAGAAAAAAACCAAGAUCUUUGUUUAAGGGGCUACCGACAAAAUUUCAAUUCUCUCUAUGGUCUGCCAGUUUUACAUUAAGAUUUAUUCUCCAGAUGGUAAUACUCUAUCUGUUGUUUCUGCUCACCUAGACUCCCCCUGCCUCACCCAUUUUUAGAUAUGAUUGACUCCUGUUUUUCUUGUUUUCUAUUGCUGUCUCGUACCUACUGUUGUGGGAAGUCAACAAAUAAUCAGUUAGCAUUUACUCUGUGCCUAUAAUGGUGCAAAUAGAGGAAAAAAGAGGAAGUCUGGUUGAGAGAUGAGUUAAACUUUGACAGUUCAGUCAUUUUUGGUUCUUAGCCCUUUUCAGAGUUCAUAAGGGCUACAGAUGUGCAUGAUAUAUGUCCCCCUACUGGACUGUAAGCACCUAAAGGACAAAGCCCAUUCAGCAAAUGUAUACUGAGGACCAAAUAAGUGUUCUAAGUUUUCCACACUUGUCUCUUUCACUUCAUGUUUCCAAGUUUCCUAUAUCAUGGGAGCUCAAAGUGUAUUUAUGGAGUGGAUGGGGGAACAUUCUAAGAUAUACCACUGGGUCAGGUGCCAGGUUGAGUUGCGAAGAAGAAAGAAAUUACUUUAAGGUGAAUUUGGAGGUGAGAAGGAGGCCAAUUGGCAGAUAAUUAGCAAUAGGAGUAUAGUCAGAUGGAAAUUUGAAAAGAAUUCUAUUCUAUUAAUCAUUUUGGUGGAUGUUUAUCACAUCAGCUUAGCAAUGGAUGCUUCCUGCUUAUGUUUGAUCUUAUGCGGAGAGUCCAACAUGGAAUGUUAGAAGGAUCACAGAUCUUAGAAAGCGCAUUGGAAUCCCAGGCCUAUUGCUUAUUAGUUGAGUGGGUUGUGGGAAGUUAUUUAAUUUUUUUUUUUUUACUUAAUCUGGUUUUUCUCAUAUGUAAAAUUAAGACAUUAGGAAUAAUUUACCUGCCUGGAUUAAAGGUCUAUUGUGGGAACACACACACACACACACACACACACACACACACACUUAAAACUAACUCAAAUGGCCCACUCUCUAAUUCCACUUCAAUUUUCUCUCUUAAAUACACUGUGUUUGACCAUCUCGCAUCAGCACCCCAACUUGAAAUGUUCUGUCAUCUCUUCUGUGCUUGCUUGAAUUUCUUCUUUCUUCAAUCCCUACUUUAAGUCCCUCCUCAUUCUUUAAGGUUUUCCAGUCAAAAUUGUUCUUUUCUCUAAAUGAUAAUUUUUUUUCAAACCAAAUACUCUCACACACAUACACCUUACACUAUAUAUAACUUCCACAUGCAAAUAUUUUUAAUGGUUAUUUAUUUUGGGGAGAGAGGGAGUGAGAGAGAGAGAGAGUGGAAGGAGUAUAGAGAGAGGGAGAGAGAGAAUCCCAGGCAGGCUCUGCAUUGUCAGCACACAGCCCAACAUGGGGCUCAAACUCAUGAACCUGAGCAGAAAUCAAGAGGCAGAUGCUUAACCGACUGAGCCACCAACCAGGUGCCCCUCCAUAUGCAAAUACUUUACAUCCCCUUAAUGAUCAUACAUUUUUUUCAAAGACACAAAGUCUCACAAACAUCUGUAUAUUUUCUGAAUCAUUCAUAUUUCACAUUCACUGACACAAUUUUGUUCAAUAAUGUUUGCAGAAUGAUGAGCGAGCAGUGGGGAGUUUUACUAGGUUACUCAGUAUCUGGUGAUAUGGAUGGGUAAAAAAACAGGAAAACCAUAAAUGGAAAGAUCAUUUAAUGAGGAAUUUGAAAUGAAAGAAGAAUAAAUGAAUGAGGACUUGAGAUUAAAUGGAGUCAGUGGGGAUGGAGAGAAAUGGUCAUACUUAAAACAUGGAGUGAAAGAGAAAUUGGUAGACGUUGUUAACAAGUUGAAUUAAAAGAUAAGAUUUGAUAAGUGAUUGACCUGGUAAGUGUGUGUGAAACAUGGAUUGUCAGAAAUAUGAAUUGAUGAAUCUGAUGUAGGAAGUCAGAAAUAUGAAUUGAUGAGGGGUGCCUGGGUGGCUUAGUCAGUUAAGUGUUUGACUUUUGAUUUUGGCUCAAGUCAUGAUCUCAUGGUUCUGAGAUUGAGCCACGAGUUGGGCUCCUCACUGGUGGAGCCUGCUUAGAGUUCUCUCUCCCUUGCCCUCUGUCCCUCCCCCACUUAUGCUUUCUCUCUCUCUCUCCCUCUCACACAAAAAAAGUAUGCAUUGAUGAGGGAGGAGCACCUAUAGACCUAAAUUAGGCUCAGCCUUAGGCUUUUAUUUUUAGGAGACAAAAAAGAAAUGCAGUAGAGAGAGCCUGAUGGCAUCUAAUACAGAGUUUUGGUCAAAAUGAAAUUUGGUGUCAUUAUUGGAGAGAUCAUUAAUGAAGCAGAUUAAUACUCUGGGGGAAUUAUUUUGAGAUAAAAGGGAAGCCAAGUUAACUUUCACAUGCCUAUAAUCACAGGGGUGAUGGGAAGGACAAAAUUUUAGGGUAGAAGAUACAGGAAUUAGUCAGAAAAGUGCAUUGUGGAACAGUAGACAGCAGGUAGUUCAAAGUAGAGAGAGGUCAGAUAAAGAGAGAAUAACUCACCAGCUCCGACAGCAUCUGCUGGCAGGGUGAGAGAAGUCUACAAGAGAUGUCUUGUCCUGGGUGUGGUAGACAAGAGAGAAGUCUGCCUCCAGGUGAGGCACAGAGAUGGGGAGAGCAAGUAGCAAUGGCGAAUGAACGCCAGAGGUGCAGAGAAGUUUGAACCAGGGGCUGGUGGUAAGUGAAUAGAACAUCUGCAGAAGCAUUUAGAAAGAGACAAUGCAGGUGUAUGUGAUAGGAGAAGUAAGAGAAUAGAUUGCGAAUCAAAAAUCACAAAGA